GGUCAUAGGUCGUAGACUGUCAUGUUAUUUACAACAGAAAGGAUUGUGAAUUCAGAAAGGAGCAUCUUGAGAGAUAAGAUAUAGGAGAUGGAACAAGAAUGGAGAUUGAGGGGGAUUUUGGGAACGGAUGAGAAAAUGUAUGUAGUAAGGCUCUCCUUCAUUUUCGUAGGGUUAGAUUACAGGAUAUAAAUAUUAUUUUAUUUAUUUAUUUUUUAAAUUCCUUUUUAAUUUAUUGUAUUAAGCACAUUAAGCCCUGAAGUUGUAUACCCCGGUACAGUAGGUGGCGGGAUAGUGGUUACUUGGAAAAGGUGCGGUUUUAGCAACAGCUUGACUGUGAUUGGUCAGGAGACGGCAGAAGGAAGUGACGUAUCAGGAAGUAAGCUGGGGUUCGAAGAAUAUGGUGGGAAAGACAGGGGCGUAUGAAACAGUACAAUCGAGAAAACUGAGAAAAAACGAGGAAAAGUGUUAAUUUAGCAACAAAACACGAAGAGGAGCUCAAAGUGAUCAUAAAAUUACCUCAAGAAGGGACAACAAUUGACUCGAAUGCUUGAAUGAAAACAAGAUUGUUCCUUUAAUGAGAAUAUCCAGCCCAUACCUGUCACUUUCAUCCGGCCCACAUAACGCGUGGAAUGAUUGCACUUGGGCGGUCCGCUCCUGUUUGCCAGAUUUGGGCCACAAGCACUCCAUAGCAAACUUUUUUGCAAAAGGACUGUAAUUCAUCCAGAAAUCAGUGGCUCAACUGUGUGUCCAGCUGUCUGUGUAUACACUAAUAGAAAAAAAAUGGAGAGUCCUGCUCUGGACACAGAAAAUGUGACCCCAGCCUCAAAAAUGCGUAAACUCCAGAGAAAGAGAUCAGACUCACCAGAACCCAGCUGUGUCUCCAUGAAGAGUGAUGCGUCUAUGGAUCCUCCUUGGUACUUUAAAAAUGCAGACUCCUCAUUUGUAAACAGUAAACUCCAGAGAAAGAGAUCACAGUGUCUACCACACAGCUGUAUCUCCAUGAAGAGUGACAUGUCUAUGGAUCCUCCUUGUAAAUUUAAAAGUGGAGUCGUCUCACCUGUACCCAGUGUUCUACAGAAGUCAGGAGACAGAAGAGAAAAGAUCAUCAUCACAGCUACAGGACACGACCCAGAACCUGCUGCUGUAAAUGAAUUCCAGAAAAAGUUCAAAUUAAAUCUGGUGAAGAAGUUUCAGUGUUUAAAUGGAGUGAUGAUAAACCUGGAAAACCGAACACUCCUGAAUGAGAUCUACACAGAGCUCUACAUCACAGAGGGAGACAGUGGAGACGUCAAUAAAGAACAUGAGGUGAGACAGAUCGAGGCAGUAUCCAGGAGAACAACAACAGAGGAAACACCAAUCAAAUGCAAUGACCUCUUUAAGCCCUUAUCUGAUCAAGACAAACCCAUCAGAACUGUGCUGACAAAGGGAGUCGCUGGCAUCGGAAAAACAGUUUCUGUGCAGAAGUUCAUUCUGGACUGGGCUGAAGGGAAAGUAAAUCAGGACGUCCAGCUCAUAUUUCCACUUCCUUUCAGAGAGCUGAAUUUGAUGAAGGACCAGAAACUGAGUCUGAUGGAUCUCCUUCAUGUCUGUUUUAAGGAGACAAAAGAAACAGAAAUGUCCAGUUUGGAAAAGGUUCUGUUCAUUUUUGAUGGAUUGGACGAGUGUCGUUUUCCUCUGGAUUUCCAGAACACAGAGAGAGUGUGUGAUGUAACUGAAUCAGCAUCAGUGCAUGUGCUGCUGAUAAACCUGAUCAAAGGGAAUCUGCUUCCCUCUGCUCUCAUCUGGAUCACCUCCCGACCAGCAGCAGCUGAUCAAAUCCCCUCUGAGUGUGUCCAUCGAGUCACAGAGGUACGAGGGUUCAAUGACCCACAGAAGGAGGAGUACUUCAGGAAGAGGAUCAGUGAUCAGAGCCUGGCCAAUAACAUCAUCACACACCUGAAGUCAUUAAGAAGCCUCUACAUCAUGUGCCACAUCCCAGUCUUCUGCUGGAUUUCAGCCACUGUUCUAGAGAGAAUGUUGGAUGAAGCAGAGAGUGGAGAGAUGCCCAAGACUCUGACUCAAAUGUACACACACUUCCUCAUCAUUCAGACAAACAUCAUAAGAGAAAAGUACUCGAAGAAGCAGGAGAGUGAUGAAGAAAUGCUUCUCAAACUGGGACGACUGGCUUUUCAGCAGCUGAUGAAAGGCAACCUGAUCUUCUAUGAGGAAGACCUGAGAGAGUGUGGCAUUGAUGUGAGAGAAGCAGCAGUGUACUCAGGUGUGUGUACUCAGAUCUUCAGAGAAGAGUUUGGGCUUCAGCAGAGUAAAGUGUACUGCUUUGUUCAUCUGAGCAUUCAGGAGCAUCUCGCAGCUCUGUACGUGCAUCUGACAUUCAUGAAGGAAAAGAGAAAUGUUCUUGUACAGAGUCGGGUCUUUAAGACAAUUUCAGAUGUCCACAAGAAUGCUGUAGAUCAGGCCUUAGAAUGUCAGACUGGACAUCUGGAUCUUUUCCUCCGUUUUCUUCUGGGUCUCUCACUGGAGUCCAAUCAGAAACUCUUACAUGCCUUAGUAACACAUACAGGAAGUAGCUGCCAGAGCAAAGAAGAAACGGUUCAGUACAUCAAAAAGAAAAUCAGUGAAGAUCUUCCUACAGAGAAAUCCAUCAAUCUGUUCCACUGUCUGAAUGAACUGGGUGACAAUUCUCUAGUGAUGGAAAUCCAACGCUACCUGAAAUCUGGAAAACAAAGAAACCUCACUUCUUCACAGUGGUCUGCUCUGGUGUUUGUCUUACUGACAUCACAGCAGGAGCUGGACAAAUUUGACCUGAGUAAAUAUGCUAAUACAAAGAAGAUAACCGCUUUGGCUCUUCUAAAGGUGAUGCCUGUGAUUGCAGCAUCCAAUAAAGCAAGCAUUCAGCAUGCAACACUUAAAGAGAAACACUGUGAAGCUUUGGCCUCUGUACUCAGCUCGGAAUCCUCCAGACUAAGAGAACUGGAUCUGUCCUGGAAUAAACUAGGACACUCGGGAGUGCAGUGGCUCUCUGCUGGACUGAAAAAUCCUCACUGUAAACUGGAGGCACUAAGGUUGUGUGGUUUUGGUGUCUCAGAUGAAGGCUGUGCUGCUCUGACUUCAGCUCUGAGAUCAAACCCCUCACACCUGAGAGAACUGGAUCUGUCCUUUAAUAAACUAGGAGACUCAGGAGUGAAGUGUCUCUCUGCUGUACUGGAGAAUCCUCUCUGUAAACUGGAGAUACUGGGGUUGGAGUGUUGUGAUAUCUCAGGUGAAGGCUGUGCUGCUCUGACUUCAGCUCUGAGAUCAAACCCCUCACACCUGAGAGAACUGAAUCUGUCUAGGAAUAAACUAGGAGACUCAGGAGUGAAGUGUCUCUCUGCUGUACUGGAGAAUCCUCACUGUAAACUGGAGAUACUGAGGUUGUGUAAGUGUGGUAUCUCAGAUGAAGGCUGUGCUGCUCUGAGAUCAAACGCCUCACACCUGAGAGAAUUGGAUCUGUCUGGGAAUAAACUUGGAGACUCAGGAGUGAAGCGUCUCUCUGCUGUACUGGAGAAUCCUCUCUGUAAACUGAAGACAAUGAGGGUGUGACAUCUGUGUGUGAUGAAAACUCCUGUGUUCCUGCAUUUCCAUGUUGGGGAAUAGACAACACACUUAUAAACAGUCACUCUCUUAGUUGUAGCACAUUAUACCAGAGGCUUUAGUCUGUUUACUUCAUGUUUUUUUUUUAUGCGUACGCUAGUGUGCGCGCACAGUCGUAUGCUUAGCCUUUCAAAGUGUACUCCAUUUGACAUGUACACAGGCGGUCUACGCAUGCGCAUUACGACAACCUGCACGACACCUCCUGGCCUACAAGAGUCAGUACAGAGCAUUAAACAAGUCUUUUGCUGUGAAGGACCACAACAACACGAAGAACAAUGCUUGAGCAAUGUCUCGCCAUGAUUAGCACCCAUAUACAAAUCCUUAUACGCUUUAAGGCUAGAAUUAUACACAUGUGGGUACUUUCUAAACUGCACUCGUUUCUGUCUCAUUUAUUCCGUUUUUUCCUUCAACUUCCUUGAGAAUCAAUGGCCCUGAGUUACUGUUCCCACCUUGUGGAACAACUAAAUAGUGUGAAAUAAUUAAAUGCGCAUGUGUGACCUGUGCGUACAAAGUACGUGCGGUUAGAAAAAUCUGAUUGCGCGCAUACAGUAUGCGUGUACUCUCCCGAUGACGAAAUUUGUCACAUGUACUGUACGCUGUUCCUAGCGUAUGCAUAAAAAGUGAAGAAUGCUUUCUGCUUAAGAGAAGUAGAAAGUGUGUUCAUAUCAGACUGCACACAGUUCUGCACUGAGGCUUGUUCAGGAUCCAGACAUGAGGACUGAACAGCUGGAAUGGAGAAUCUUUAUCGAUCAUAGCACCUCCGUGUGUGUGUGUGGUCCUGAAGUUAUAGAGUGCCACAAUCAGACCCUGGAGACAUAGCAACCCUCCUGCACAUUUAAUGCCUUAUUCAUGCUGAAUUAAAAAAAAAAAAAAAAUAAUAAAAAAUUAAUUCAAGUAGAGCUGCAACAGCUAAUCGAUAAAAAUCAAUUAUGGAAAUCGUUGUCAACGAAUCUCAUUCUACGCGUGGAACGGAGAACAUUUACUAAUUACGUUACCUCAGUUCCGAAAACGUGCAUUGGAGAGUAAAUAUUAAAGCAAAUGAAGUACACCAUGCACUGUGUACUCUGCUGUCUAGUGUAUGAAUUUUAGGAAGGUAAUAUAGUCUCAAAUGGAACACUAGCAGUUUUUUUUUUUUUUACUAACCGGCAGUAUAAGUUCCUAGUCAGUAGCACAGGUCAUACACACGUAAUGCGAUGCCGCAAGCUUUAGCAGAUACACAGAGUCACCGACAAAAACAGUAAACUGAAGAAAGUCGAUGUCAGCGAUACCUUUUAUUCCCAACAUGACCUCAGUCACCAUCAGACGGAGGAGUAAUUAUCAUGUGACUGAGGAAGAAAGUGUGUGACCUCCAAGUCGUCUAAGGCGGGGGAGGAUGUUAUAUUAAACACCGUGGAGAAGAUCAAACUUUAUAAAGUAGAGUUUGUGUAGCAGGGAAACAUGACAGUGAUGCAUGAGCACAAACUUAUGUUUAUAUCCAAAAUGCUCCACUGUGUGUAAGGGGAUGGGGAAACUGGUGCAAGUUGCUCAAAAGGUUUCAUUUAAGUUUAUUGUUAUUAUAUGCUGUAUUUGCACACUUGCAGUGCAACUUCUGUCGUUUAUUAUAACGGAAGUGAUGUAUUAGUCAGAGGCCGCGUUGCUCCUCAUGCGCGGUGUAGACACAGUGAUAAACAGUGGGAUCCCCCCAAUCCGAUUAAUCCAAAAAAAAAAUUGGCCAACUAAAAGAUUAUGAAAAUAAUCAUUAGUUGCCGCCUUAGGGGUGUGUUCAUCAGACUGAGGCUGUACAGGAUCCAGACAUUAAGACUGGACAGCUCAUUGUUUGCUCCUACUCCUAACACAGCUGAUCUAAUGUUUAUAGCUUUAUAUAUUUUAUGUUAACUGUAACAGCAGCACAUUAUCUAAAAACGUGUAUAAGUCUGAGCUCCCGUUAACAGGGGUGGGCUUUAUCAUAAGGCAAAGGUUGGCAAUUGCCUUGGGCCACAAGCUACCAAGGGCCCCUAAAACUCUGCAUAAUCUAAAUGGUUAAGAAAGUUUUAUUUUUACUUUUAGCUGUACAGCUGAGUGGUGCAGAUCUCCUACACUGGCCCCAGAUGAUGCCCCCUGACUAGCUAACAUGCUGUCUUGAUUGUUUUAUAUUCUUGAUUGUUUAAUAUAAUGUAUUAUCUUGUCACACUGUUUUUCUGUUUCUGUUUGCCUAUUUUACAAAUAUGAUGUGAGAUCUGUUCCAUUCUAUUUCCAAUAAAUAUGCUUAAAUAGCAUUUAUGUUUCUGUAUUGUUAUAUUUUUAUGCUAGUAAGUGGUGUUAAAAAUUGGUCUAACAAUCAAUGAGCCUGUGUGUUAUGAUGGGGCAUGGGCUGGGUGUGUUGGUCUGCUCUGGACAAGUCCAGGACCACUUUUUGGUCCCAGUUCACCCCCGAUUAGCAAAUCCACCAAGGAAUGGCUCAAAAAGAAGAAAUGUCAGGUUAUGGAAUGGCCUAGUCAAAGCCCGCAUUUUAAUCCCAUUGAAAUGAUGUGGGGGGAUUUGAAACGGGCAGAACAUGUGAAAAAAAGAUCUUGCAACUGAAAGAAUGUUGCAUGGAAGAGUGGCCCAGCAAUCCUGAGUGGACAAUUAUGCAAAACACCUACAAGAUGUUAUUUCUGCUAAAGGGGGCAAUACUAGCUUCUGAGGCCAAGGGUGUACUUGGCCUCAGAAUAUCAUAUCGAUAUUUCUGUUGAAUAAAUGAUUGAAAAAGCUAAUUUUCCUUCUGGUUUUGUUCAAGUAUAUCAACUUUAUUAAUAGUCACUGUUUCAUAGAUGAUCAAAUGUUUCUUGUCCAAAUAUGCCAAAAAAGCCAACAAUUUCCAUAGUGUGUGUUACUUUUUUCACAUGAAUGUAAGUGCAAUUUACCACAUUACCACAAUUUACCACAUUACCACACUUUACCACAUUACCACAGGCCUCUCUUGCAUCAAUAAAGGUCACUGUUCAUGACACCACUAUCAGAAAGACAAUGAGCAAAAAUGGCAUCCAUGGAAGAGUGGUGAGAUGAAAACCACUGCUAACACAGAAGAACAUUAAGGCUCAUCUGAAUUUUGCUAAAACACACCUUGAUGAUCCUCAAAGCUUUUGUGAGAAUGUUCAGUGGAUUGAUGAGUCGAAAGUGGAACUGUUUGGAAGACAGGAGUCCUGUUACAUCUGGUGUAAACCAAACACAGAAUUCCACAAAAAGAACAUCAUACCUAUGGUCAAGCACGGUGGAGGAAGUGUGAUGGUGUGGGGAUGCUUUGCUGCUUCAGGGCCUGGGCAACUUUCAAUAAUUGAGGGAAACAUGAAUUCUGCUCUCUACACUGAAAAUCCUAAAGGAGAAUGUCUGGUCUUCAGUCUAUAUGUUGAAACUCAAACGCAACUGGAUUAUGCAGCAAGACAAUGAUCCAAAGCAUAAGAAUAAGUCCUAGUCCUAGAAGUAAAUGAAAGACGUUAACUGGACCAAAAGCUCCAGUUAACGGAUGCUUUUGGUUGCAGUUAUUGCUGCUAAAUGUGGCACAACCAGAUUUUAAGUUUAAGGGGGAAAUUAUUUUUUCACAUGGGUGAUAGGUGUUGGAUAGCUUUUUUGCUUCAAUAGAAAAAUGUAAUUAAAUAUAAAGUGUAUUGUGUACUUACUCAGGUUUCCUUUGUUUUAUGCUGUAUUUCAUUUGAAUAUCUAAAACUAUUUCUUAUGAGAUAUACACACACAAAAUUAAAGAAAUCAGGAUGGGUCAGAUACUUUUUCACAGCACUGUAUAAUAAACCUGAUUUUUCCCAAUUUAUUAUUAUUAUUUUUUAAUUAAUUUGAAAAUUAAAAGUGCUCAACUUUUUACGCCACUUAGUUUUGGAGUUUGUUGUUAGGCUUUGCUCACAAUUCUGACUUUGUAUCUA